UUUUCCAAAUUUUUGCUCUCUAAAUAUAAUAUAGCAGAACAAAAAAAAUAAAAAACUCCACCAAAUCACACAUUUGUUCUUUGUCCUGGAAAGUUGAACUACUUUCCUCUUUACCUCUCAUCCUCUUCUCCCAAUAUCCACUACCCAAUCGUCGAAUAUCUGCCCUUAGAGCCACGGAGUAAAAAUGUGGAAGACCACGACCAACAACACCACAAUCGACUCACAUCGGCAACUUAUGAAAAUGUCUGAAAAUCGUCCUCAUGUUCUCAUCUUUCCUUAUCCAGCACAAGGCCAUAUAUUACCUCUUCUGGAUUUUACUCACCAGCUGUUCGUCAAUGGAAUAGCCAUCACUGUUUUAGUGACACCCAAAAAUCUUCCUAUUUUAGACCCUCUUCUCUCAUUGCACUCAUCAAUCAGUACUCUCGUUUUGCCUUUCCCUUCUCACCCUUCAAUUCCCGAAGGCGUAGAGAACGUAAAGGACCUUCCUGCCGACGGGUUCCGUUACAUGAUGUACAAUCUGGGGAGACUUCGUGACCCCAUAUUGGACUGGUUCAACAAACACCCCUCUCCCCCAUCGGCCAUAAUCUCCGAUAUGUUUUUGGGAUUUACUCAUGAAAUUGCCACUGUGCUUGGUAUUCCCCGGUACGUGUUCUCCCCCUCUGGCGCGCUGGCCUUAUCAGCUGUUUACUCACUUUGGCGUGAAAUGCCCAAAAGGAAUGACCCCAACAAUGACAACGAGAUUUUUGAGUUCCCUGAUAUCCCGAAUUGCCCGAAAUUCCCUUGGUGGCAAAUUUCUCCUAUUUUCAGGAGUUAUGUUGAAGGGAACCCGAAUUCGGAAUUCAUUAAAGAUUGUUUUCGUGCUGAUAUAGCGAGUUACGGACUCAUUCUCAACACGUUUACGGAGUUGGAAAAUGUGUAUUUGGAUCACCUGAAAAAAGAUUUGGGACACGACCGGGUAUGGUCUGUAGGACCAGUACUGCCUCCCCACGACAAGGACGGUGGUAACAGCUCCGGUUCAUCGAACAGAGGUGGUUCGAGCUCUGUUUUAGCUAGUGAAAUAUUGUCAUGGUUAAACAAAUGUGAAGAUCAUUCGGUGGUGUACAUUUGUUUCGGCAGUCAAGCUGUGUUAACAAACAAACAAAUAGAGGAGUUGGCCAUAGCGUUAGAGAAAAGUGGCGUCAAAUUCAUCUUGUCAGCCAAACGCGCCACUAAAGGACACGUUUCGAACGGUUACGGCGUGCUUCCGUCUUGGUUUGAAGAAAAAGUGGCUGGGCGGGGGCUGGUGAUUAGAGACUGGGCCCCACAAGUGUUGAUAUUAAGGCACCGAGCCGUCGGUGUUUUCUUGACUCACUGCGGUUGGAACUCGGUUCUAGAAGGGUUAAUAUCCGGAGUGCCAAUGCUGACGUGGCCCAUGGGUGCGGACCAAUUUGUCAAUGCGAACAUUUUAGUCGAUGAGCACGAGGUGGCAGUUAGAGCUUGUGAAGGUGCGACGACGGUACCAAAUUCGAGCAAGUUGGCUAAAAUACUAGCGGAAGCUGUGCAAGGGGACAACGUAGAAGCGCGAAGGGCCCGUAUGUCAGAGCUACGUAAAAUUGCAAUGAAUGGCAUUAAAGAAGGUGGGAACUCAUUCAAAAAUUUGGAAGCAUUCGUAAAGCAUUUAACUGAGGAGGCUACAAAAAUCAUUAGGUAACAGAUUUUUGGACCAUCUGAUGUCGAUAGACAACGGGAAAAUCCAAAACUCCGCAAUUGGAAUUACUUUUUAUGUAAGCAUAGAUUAUCCAUUAGAUAUGGCAUAAUGAUACAGUCUAUUUGGUUAGGCGUUUGAUUGACAUAAGAGGAUAAGUCUCGUGUUCGAAUAACAAGUUUAUAUAUUUAAAUGGAUAUUAUAAAUAAGUACGUUCAUUUUUGAAUUCAAGGUGUUGAAUCUAAUAAUAAACGAGAGAUAUGUUUGG